GCAAGGAAACUCCGACUUUAAGGCCGGCACGUGUAUAACUAAAACCAGUUAGCAUGUCAAAAAAGUCCGAGUUUCCUAGUUCCGACCAGCUUGUGAACGCGGCAUCAGUCGGGGGUUGUUUUGGUGUGGAGAGGUUGUUGUACGUUACUCGCUAGAGAGUUUGACACAUUGACAGAGGUAAACAGCCUGUACAUUUUCUAUCGACAAUUCAAGUCACUGUAAUUUUUCGACGUCUACAUUCACGAACACUGGCAGUGCGAGCGCAUUUCAUAAAGCCUGCGAGUCAAAUGUCAUAAAGUGAGAUAACUAUUGUAGCUAACUCUGAAUGGAUAAUGAAUUAAUCGAUGCUCUGCUCUGUCACUCCACUAAGGGGUUUUUCGUUGCGUCGGGAACAGGAACUCCCAAUUCUGCUUUCUCUUUUAGGCAGAGAACAAGCCUUUUAAAGAGCACCUUUUUGUAGGCUCACAAUAAUUAUGGAGCAGCAACACAUGGGCUGUGUGAACCUUUGUUGUCUCACGAACACUCUACCGGUGAUCCCCUAUCAAAAGCUGACGAACUUGCAUUACCUGAGCAAAGGUGGGUUCGGAACCGUGUUCAUGGCACAGCAUUCCGAUUGGCAGACGACCGUUGCCAUCAAGUGCCUGAAAUUAGAUUCUCCUGUUGGCGAAAGGGAGAGGAAUUGCCUGCUGAAGGAGGCGGAGGUGCUCCACAAGGCCAGGUUCAACUACAUCAUCCAGAUCUUUGGCAUGUGUAAUGAGGCCGAGUUCUUCUGCAUCGUCACCGAGUACAUGAGCAAUGGCUCUCUGGAUCAGCUGCUUCACGAGAAUAACCUUUACCCACUGCUGGCCUGGUCGUUGAGGCUGCGUGUCCUGUACGAGAUAGCUCUGGGGGUCAACUUCCUACACAACAUGACCCCACCCCUCCUGCACCACGACCUCAAGACACAGAACAUUCUGCUGGACGGAGAGUUUCAUGUCAAGAUAGCAGACUUUGGCCUGUCUAAGUGGCGCCAGCUGUCGAUCAGUAAAGGAUCGGGAUCCAAGCCACCUGAGAUGGGGGGCACCAUCAUCUACAUGCCCCCCGAGGAGUAUGAACCCUCCAAGAGCCGGGGUGCAGUCAUCAAACACGACAUCUACAGUUACUCUAUCAUUAUGUGGGAGGUGCUGUCCAGGAGGAUACCAUUUGAAGAGGCAACCAACCCCAUGCAGAUCAUGUUCAGCGUACUGCGUGGGACACGUCCCGACACGGGCCUGGACAGUCUGCCAGGGGACAUCCCCAGCAGGGAGACACUCAUCAACCUCAUGACCUGCGGCUGGACCACCAACCCCGACGAACGGCCCUCCUUUCUCAUGUGUGUGAAAGAGCUGGAGCCAAUACUGAGGAGGUUUGAUGAAAUUGACAUCCUGGAGGCCGUGCUGGAGGUCAAGAAGUCAAAGCUGAUGAGGAGGGCAGGCUGUUACUCUGCCACACCCAUGGCGUGUGAGAAGAGAAGGGAGGAGGAGAAGUCUUUAAACAUUCUGAAGGACAACCCCAGUCCCUGGCAAGGAAACUCCAGCUCUGGCUCUGGGUCUUGCUCCUCCCAGGACACUGACAUCUCCCGACCGAGCUCCCUCACUAGCACCAAUGCCCCGCCUUCUAAAGAAGUAUCCCCCAUGUCAUUCAUGUCCCACACCCUGGGGCCCCUCAGAGAGCAGACCCUAGAGGGCAACAACUUCAAUGACUACCCCCACAGUGCCAGGCCCCUGGAAAACCUCAAUAUUCCCCUCAAACCGGGCCUGCCUGAGACGGAGUGUGUGACGCACCUGGACAACCUCACCCUGAAGCCACAGCCAUACCAACCACAACCAGGAUUCAACCUGCCAUCGGACCCCCUCGGCCCCACGCUGGGCCCCGUGGCACGCUGGAUCGCGGCACGUCGCGAGGAGAUUGUCUCCCAGAUGACGGAGGCCUGCCUGAACCAGAGCCUGGACGCCCUGCUGGCGUGCUCUCUCCUGAUGCGCGAGGACUACGAGCUGGUGGUGAACCGGGCCACGCGCACUGCCAAGGUCCGCCAGCUCCUUGACACCUGCCACCGUCACAGCGAGGACUUCUGCCGUGUGGUGGUCCGCAGACUUCAGGACAACAAGCAACUGGGCCUGCAGCCAUACCCCCCAGAGGUCAGCUCCCUUGUGGCCGCGCCAAACCCCAGCGCACCCCCGCUCUCUGUGUCCUACAACAACCCAAGGAAUUACUAGGACUGUAAGACUUAGCUCAUUGAGCUACUGUAGGUGGUGGAAAAAGACCCUACUGUCUUUUAGUCCUGGGUCGUUUUCAUUAGGCAGCAAAUGGAAGAAAACCAAUGGACUACCUGAACGUUUUCCUUUGCACAAUUCUUUGCUACAGUGUGCCCUAAUGAAUACGACCCUGGGUUUUGACUGUGAACUUUGACUUUAGUGGGGAAUGGUAAAGCCCAGCUGUGUCUCACAUUGCUCAUGAUGGUACCUACUUGCUUGCCCACUCACACAGAGCAAUACUGUAUGUUGCUACUGUUCAUCAAACUGUUGAGCGAAAGGACUUGAAGGUAAAGCUACUUUUUGAAAAACAAAACCAUAUCAUCUUCACAAAAAUUCCCCUGUUCUCUAAAAAGCAGAGGAUGGGUUGGGAAUAACAAUCAAAAUCCGUUAGUAUUUAAUCCAGGCUUUGAAUAAUUUAUGUUAUGGAUUUUAUGUAUUUUAUUUAUUUUGUCUGGUAAAUAAUUUGGUUCUUUCAAAACAUUCCCUUUGUUCUGAGUGAUUGGGCUACAGGGCCUGAGUUUGAGUUAUUCUAUUUGUCUUUCUGUUGUCACCCCUCUGCACUGUUUUAUCCAGAGAAAUAUAUCCAGAGACUGUAACAUCAUACUCACCUAUGGCUCUGGUUUUACUCUUUUUGGAGUGGACAGUUUAGACUCAUCUGUAGCUCUCCAGGUCCGAUAAGAUACUCGACUGGAGUUCUGCCGUUUGAGGUUACUGUUGCUAGGUCUCAACUGGAUCAACCCCCAUUCCCUUUUGUUUGUCAAAAAAUGUCACUUAUAUCAUUGUAUUUUGAGUAUUUCUUUACCACUGCCUUUCCAAGACAUGUUUUAUUUCUCUUAUAAAGACUGUGCACUUUCUGUUCAUAGAAGCUUUAGUUGACAUUGACAUGGGAUGGGCCAAAGCUGUUGAGGCCAUAUAAUUUAUAUGAUAUGUACAUCCUGUCGUGGAAAUUUCAGUACUGAGAGAGACUUUGUCAUUUCUUCAACAAUAAUCUUUAUUCAAUAUCGAUUUAAUUAUUGCAAUAAUGAGACUGGUCGACCCAACACUCUUGACUGUUGGGCCAAGAGCCUAACUUUUACAGAAAAUGCUGGUUCUUAUAUAGCUGACACUAAAAAUGCUUAGUCAUGGCUGGUCCCACCCCUCCCAUGCGAUAGGGUGCCAGCAUAAGCCACCUUGGGUUCAUCCUAUGGUUAUCUGCAGAAACAAUAAGGGUUUUGUUCUACUCCUCCAGUCUACCUUUAUCUGGGUUACACCCUCCACAUCUUGUCUAUGGAAUGCAUGCUGUAGAUCAAUUGUCAGCGCAAGAUAUCUCUAGUGACCAUGUGCCCAGAUUAGCUGCAGGGAGCUAGAGUGGAGACCAUAAAAACACUGCAUUAGUAGAAUAGAAAUGUCUUACUAUUUGUUAAGUAUUAAUAUCAAACAAAUCAGGUAAAUACGUAAUAUUUCUCUCACAAUCCCCAUACCAUUUAUUUAGAAUGUAGUCAGUGGAUUUAGGUACGGUGUAUACAGUGAGGGAA